AUGAGGAACAGCAGUCUGUACGAGCUGCUGCAGGUGGGCAGAGCUGCUUCCAGCCAGCCCGAGUGGGGACACUUCUCCCGACUGUGGCACGCCACUGGCARCCUGCUGACCUCCAAAUGGAGCCUGACAGAGGUGGGUGAAUAUGUGAAACUCCUGCAAAUGAUGAAGAAAGCUCUAAUCCUUGUGGACUUGGGGGUGCUGAGCUCCCUGAAUUUCUCUGACAGUGCAACAGGCUGGAAUAACCUGACCACACUCUUGGGUGUGGCACAGGAKGGGCUCCACAAACUGCUGCAGAGGCUCCACAGCACCUUGAACUCCACCAAGGAGAGUUACUACAUGAAAGUCUGGGAUGUGUUUGACAGCUUCCUCAGCACCAAGGGGAAUCCAGCGGAAGGAGCUUCCCUUGCAAGGCUGUUGGAAGCAGUGGCAAGCGACUCUGCCAGCGAUCUGUCAUCUCUAGAAAUCACAGAAGCCACCCUGUACAUUCUCAAGGGGCUGAACAUCCCUGGCCUGCURAAUGAAUUCAAUCUAAGUUCCAGCACAGCUUUUCUGUCCAACAAAACCAGUCUUGACAGUGUGAUUGAUAUCAUUGCUCAUCACUUCAUCGUCGUGGCAGACACCCUUUACAACAAGAGCCUGUCUUGGACUCAGAGUGACCACACUCUGUCCCCAGCCAGCUUGAUCACACGAUUCCUGUUUUUAGAAUUUGAAAAUACCAUCUUGCAGGUGACAGCGAAUAACAGCUAUAACCCUUACCUGAUGUGUUUAAUAAAUGCCACGGAAGCUGAAGGCGGGGAAUUGACAGAAAACAUCACACUGCUUUUGAAGCAAACUCAUCUGAAAAAGAACUCUUUUAUGCAAAAUAAUACCUCUGAGAAACAUUCAUCCAUACCAGAGCUCCUGAAGCUAAAAAUCUCUCGCCUCCGGGAUCUGACAGCACUUCUUUGUGACUACGAGAGCUUUAAGUCAAUCCAGCGCCUCUGCCACCUGCCCGAGGUUCCCUUUGGGGAGCUGUGUGAGCAAGGCCAAUCUCAGGAGCAGCUCCUCCGUGCUGCUGAGCUGAGCAGCCAGCUUGUGACCAAUGCACUGAAUCACAGGAGGAUCUCCCAGGAGCUCCAGAAWGUACUGAUUGGGGAUGCCACAGACAUCCAGGCACAGCUGAAGUGGCUUCAAGAAAGUGUACCAGAAAUUGCUUUCUUUCAAGAGAUUCCUCAGUACAUGGGUACUUUGAGUUCCAUGUUGAACAGCACUGAGAGUUUAACAGACUCCAGUAAGCAAGAAAAAUUAAGAGAUGUGUUUAAAARUGUGGACCAGCUCAAAGAAGAUCUCAAAAACACAGUGGGAAUGUCCACAGCCAGCAUUGAUGCUCUUCUGGAAGCAUCUUUCCCAGAAAACAGUAGUCAGCUCAUCUCUCAGAUGCUGCAGUUGGAGUCCUGCAGCUCCCGUCCCGCUGACCCCCAGCUGCAAACGGUGGCACAGGAUUUCUGCAGCCUCCCCCUGCCAGAGAGGACUCGCAGGACCUACCUCCUUGGGGUCACUCURCUGAGACACUUGGACAUUUACAAUUUCUUAUACAAGAUGUUUUUCCCCAAGGAACUUCAGAAGCCCAUGGACAAGAUGUUAGGCCUUCUGACAAAAAUGAAAUAUUUCACACACCAGGUUGAAUCUGGCAUUGAUCCAUUGCUACAAGCUAUUCAUUCCCUGAAAAAGCUCCGGCAGUCCAGGAAAAUGCCACUGACUAAGGCAUUGCUUAAACCAAACAACUUCAAGRUAACACAUGGCACAUUUAAAUCUAUGUCAAAAGUCCUCUGCAACCAGGAGAUCACACCCCUGUUUUUUGAGUCUUUGCUUCCAGACUUUGGAGAUCCCAUAAGCAACAGUUCUAAUGCAGAGGAUGUCUAUGUCCAAAAGCUGAUGAGGAAAUAUGGGAUUCCUCAGGAUUCCACACCGUUUUGCUUAUCCUUUUACCUGGACCUGGUCAAGACCCCRACUGGAGCUUUAAUUUGGUCUUUUUUGAAGCCAAUGGUGCUUGGGAAGAUCCUUUUCACACCAGAUACCCCAGAAACUCGGGCAAUCAUGGGAAAGUCUAAUGCAACCCUGGAGCAGAUGGCAGAUUUAGCCCUGAAGUCCCAGGAGUGGCUGGACCAGUCUCCUGUCAUCAUGAAUUCACUGACUAACUUAAACCAGACAGUUCCAAUGAUCAAGAAYGCCCUGCAGAAUCCCUUUGUGCAGGUUUUUAUCAAGCUGAUGGUGGAUUUGGAUGCAGCUGAGCUCCUGAGUGAGAUAAAUGAACUGGAUGAUAUCUGGCUGGAGCUGCAGAACAACGCUGAUGUUGUCGAGCAGCUGAACACUUUGGCCACUCUGGCUGUGAACGUGUCGUCUUGUGUCUCCUUUAACCGCAUUCAGCCAGUGCAGAAUUUGGAUGAGAUGGAAGCGGUAGCUAAGGAGCUCUUCCUGAAGAAUGAGCUGUUUGCAAGUAUCAUUUUCAAGCUGCCUUCAAGCCCUGAGCACACAGUUCAUGGGGGCCUGUCCCUCCCUCCUGUGCUCAACUACACCAUCCGAAUGAGCAGCAGGAUAACUCAAACCACCAACAGGAUCCGGGAGCGCAUCUGGACCGUGGGCCCGCACAACUCCACCUCGCAGAGCCAGAUUUACAGCCGGGCCUUUAUCUACAUCCAGGACAGCAUUGAAAGGGCCAUUAUUGAGCUGCAGACUGGCAAGAAACCAGAGGAAAUAGCUGUUCAGGUCCAGGCCAUGCCUUAUCCCUGCUACAACAAGGAUAUGUUCUUAACCAGCGUGACCUACUCUCUUCCAUUUGCUCUGAUGGCUGCCUGGGUGCUGUUUAUAGCUGAUUUUGUUAAAACACUUGUUCAGGAGAAAGAUCUGAGGCUUUAUGAGUACAUGAAGAUGAUGGGUGUCAAUGCCAGCAGCCAUUUCAUCGCCUGGUUCAUCGAGUGCGCCAUCUUCCUCCUGAUUACUGUCACCUUCCUCAUCGUUGUUCUGAAAGUGGGUCAGAUCCUUCCCAAAACAGACACAGCACUGCUGUUCCUGUACCUGAUGGACUACAGCCUGUCCAUCAUAGCCAUGAGCUACUUCAUCAGCGUUUUCUUCAACAACACCAACAUUGCAGCCCUGGUGGGCAGCCUCGUCUACAUCCUCACCUUCUUCCCCUUCAUCGUGCUGCUCGUCAUCGAGAACCACUUGAGCUUCUCUGUCAAAAGCCUCCUGAGUCUAUUGUCUCCAACUGCUUUCAGUUAUGCAAGUCAGUACAUUGCUCGCUACGAGGCACAGGGCAUAGGACUGCAGUGGGACAACAUGUACAAGUCGCCAAUGAUUGGAGACAACACUUCCUUUGGCUGGAUGUGCUGGCUCAUUCUGAUAGACUCCUUCAUUUACUUCAUCCUGGGGUGGUACAUAAGGAAUGUUUUCCCAGGUAGAUAUGGCAUGGCUGCUCCCUGGUACUUCCCACUGCUUCCAUCUUACUGGAUUGAAUACAACACCUACCUGCCCUUCUGGAAUGAGAAACAAAGAGGCCUGCUCUUCUCCAAGCUGAUGUUAAGGAAAGAAGUCACCCUCCCCAAUAAGAUAUGUGCCCCCCACCCUCACGUGGAACCGGAGCCCACUGACCUCACCUUGGGAGUCGCCCUCCACGGCAUAACAAAGGUUUACGGAUCCAAAGCUGCAGUGGACAACCUCAGCCUCAACUUUUAUGAAGGGAAUAUCACUUCCCUGCUGGGACACAAUGGAGCUGGGAAAACUACAACCAUAUCUAUUUUGACUGGGCUGUUCCCUACAUCGUCUGGCACCAUCUUUGUGUAUGGCAAAGACAUCAGGACUGACCAGGAGGUGAUCAGGAAGAACAUGGGGGUGUGCAUGCAGCACAACGUGCUCUUUGACUACCUCACUACCAAGGAGCACCUGCUGCUCUACGGCUACAUCAAAGUCCCCCACUGCAGCAAGCAUGAGCUCUACCAAGAAGUGAAGAGGACUUUGAAGGAGACUGGGCUGUACAGYCAUCGUCACAAGCUGGCUGGCACCCUGUCCGGGGGGAUGAARAGGAAGUUAUCCAUAGCCAUUGCUCUCCUGGGGGGAUCCAGGGUGGUGAUUCUGGAUGAACCAACCACGGGGGUGGAUCCRUGCUCCCGGAGGAGUAUUUGGGAAAUCAUCUCCAAGAAUAAGAAAGGCAGAACCAUCAUUCUCUCCACACAUCACCUGGAUGAAGCAGAAGUUCUGAGCGACCGGAUUGCCUUCCUAGAGCAUGGAGGGCUCAAGUGYUGUGGCUCCCCUUUCUACCUCAAGGAAACCUUUGGGGAUGGCUACCACCUGACACUCACAAAAAAGAAGAACAUGAUAGAGGAAUGUGACACCACAGCAGUGACUUCCUUGAUCCAGUCCUAUCUCCCAGAGGCUUAUCUCAAGGAGGAUAUUGGUGGAGAGCUCGUGUAUGUGCUUCCCCCCUUCAAGUCCACAGUGUCAGGGGCCUACCAGGCCCUCCUCAGAGCSCUGGACACCAGCUUGAACGAUCUCCACCUGGGCUGCUACGGCAUUUCCAACACAACUGUUGAAGAGGUGUUCCUGAAUCUGACAAAAGAGCUAGUGAAGGACCAGCACGAAGAUGCUACACUGCCCCAUCAGCUGCCUGGAACCAGUGGUCACAUUGGUGGUGAUGAAAUGUCUCUGAGCACAGACACCUUCACAGACAGAGACGACCAGCUCCUGAUCAGGUCCAAGAGCCUGCGGGGUUUGCCGCUGCUGCUGAAGAGAACCUCGGCCUUGUUCAUCAAGAGGUUCCACCACAGCCGGCGCGACGUGCGGGGCUUCAUCGCCCAGGUCAUCCUCCCGGUGCUCUUCGUCAUGGCUGCCAUGGGCCUGGGCACACUGAGGACCAAGGAGACCGAGUACCCCGAGCUGCYGCUGUCCCCCUCCCUGUAUGGCACAACUGACCAGGCUGACUUCUUUGGGAAUUUUAAUGAAACCACRGCUGCUUUAGUUGAUUCGAUGCUGGCUUUCCCUGGGACAGAUAACACGUGYAUGAACGCAAGCAAUUCGCAGUGUUUAACRGAGGACAUGCUUGGCCAGUGGAUUACCAGUGGAAACCAGAGAACUAAGUAUUCUGCCUGCAACUGCACAGAUGGCAUCCAGACAUGCCCACAGACAAACUACACUCCCCCUCACAGAAGGACCUUCUCCACACGGACACUUUACAACCUGACAGGGCACAAUGUGGAGAGCUACAUCCUGGCAACCACUAAAGACUUCCUGCAGAAACGGUAUGGAGGCUGGAGCUUCGGGCUGCCUUUGACAUCAGAUCUGCAGUUUGACAUCAAGCCAGUGCCUCCCAACAGAACACUGACUAAGGUGUGGUAUAACCCCGAGGGUUAUCACAGCCUCCCAGCCUAUCUCAACAGCUUGAACAACUUCAUCCUUCGAGCCAACCUGCCAAAAAAUGAGACUUCCAGAUAUGGUAUUUUCUUAUCAGCUCACCCAUAUCCUGGAGGACAGAGUCAAGAACAAGUAAUGCUCAACAGCUUACUGGACAUCAUCGUGUCCAUGUCUGUGUUGGUGGGUUACUCCAUCACCACAGCAAGCUUUGUGCUCUACAUGGUCAAGGAGCACCAAACCAAAGCCAAGCAGCUGCAGCACAUUUCAGGCAUUGGGAUGACAACCUACUGGGUGACCAACUUCGUUUAUGAUCUGGUACUUUUUAUGGUCCCUAUUGGACUCUCAGUAGGAGUUAUUUCAGCCUUCCAGAUCCCAGCUUUCUGCAACAACAGCAAUUUAGUGGCAGUAUUUCUUCUGCUGCUACUGUUUGGUUAUGCCUCAUUUUCCUGGAUGUACCUGCUGGCUGGGUUUUUCAAGGAAACAGGGAUGGCCUUCAUUGUUUACGUCUGUGUCAACUUGUUCUUCGGCAUCAACACCAUUAUCACACACUCGGUUGUGUUUCUGCUCUCCCAGGAAAAGGCCACGGACCAGGGUUUGCAUGAUCUCGCUGAAAAUCUAAGGCAUGCAUUCCUUCUGUUCCCACAAUUUUGCUUUGGCUAUGGCUUGAUUGAACUGUCGCAGGACCAGGCACUGCUGGGCUUCUUAAAAGCCUAUGGAGUGGACUACCCUGACAAAACCUUUGAGCUGGACAAGACCACGUCCAAGCUGUUGGCCAUGUUCAUCCAGGGCACCGUGUUCUUUGCCAUUCGUCUCACAGUUCAUGACAGGAUGAUUCAGAGAGUCUGGAACAACGUGCUGGAGUUCCUGUUUGACAGAGUCCAUGGCAAAGCCUCCCUUCUGCCACCCGCGGCCGCGGAGGAUGGCGACGUCCAGGCAGAGAGGAUCCGGGUGGAGUCUGGCAAAGCUGACUUCGACGUGGUGCAGCUCCAGAACCUCACCAAGAUCUACCACCUCCCUCACAAACGCAUCACAGCAGUGAAAAACAUCAGCCUUGGGAUCCCUGCUGGGGAGUGCUUUGGCUUGCUUGGUGUGAACGGAGCUGGAAAGACAACCAUCUUUAAGAUGCUGACAGGGGAUAUCGGAGCAUCCAGCGGAAGGCUGCGGGUCCAGGAUCAUUCUGGGUCUUUGAAUGACAUCAGUGAGGGCCACUGGUCACUCUUUGGCUACUGCCCUCAAGAAGAUGCCCUGGAUGACCUGCUGACAGUGGAAGAGCACAUGUAUUACUAUGCUCGGCUGCACGGCAUCCCCGAGGRGGACAUCAAGGGGGUUGUGCUCCAGCUCCUCCACCGGCUGAACCUGAUGGCCUACAAGGACAGAGUCACCUCGAUGUGCAGUUAUGGCACCAACAGGAAAYUGUCAACUGCUCUGGCUCUCAUUGGGAAUCCAUCCAUUCUGCUGCUGGAUGAGCCGAGCUCUGGAAUGGACCCCAAUGCCAAACGCCACCUUUGGAAAAUCAUCAGUGAGGAAGUGCAGAACAAAUGCUCAGUGAUACUCACGUCCCACAGCAUGGAGGAGUGUGAAGCCCUCUGUACCAGGCUGGCCAUCAUGGUGAAYGGGAGUUUCCAGUGCAUUGGCUCUUUGCAGCACAUCAAGAGCAGAUUUGGAAGAGGAUUCACUGUGAAGAUGCACUUAAAUAGCAGCUCAGUUUGCACUGAGACGCUGACAGAGUUCAUGAAGUCACACUUCCCAAAUACAUGCCUGAAGGAUCGGCAUUUCAACAUGGUGGAGUACCACGUCCCAGUCUCUGCCGGAGGGGUGGCGAAUAUCUUUGAUCUCCUGGAAGGCAGCAAAGCAGCCUUCAACAUCAGGCACUUCUCCGUGAGUCAGACGACACUGGAGGAGGUUUUCAUCAACUUUGCUAAAGAUCAAGCAGAUCCUGAUGGCGUGGAUGCAGGCCCUGAUGUGACACUGGACAGCUCUGACACAAGUAGCCAGGCUAGCACCCUAAGUUCCAUCUAUUGAAGGGAUCCACCCACACAGGAUCAUAGAAUCUGGGGAAAAGACCUGACAGCCCCUCCAACCCUGCUUUCAGUGAUUUUAGGGUGAUGGGGAUAAGCAGUCCCGUUUUCUUAAAGUACUUUCUUUUUUGAUAUGCACUUAAUUUGUCACUAGGAGCAUGGUAGGUGUUUGAGACUGGCACUUGGUUACAAAUCAGAUUGGUCUUUCCACAGGUUCUUUCCCCCCCCAGUUCUUGUUUUAUUAUCACUGUAAUGGCUUUGAGGACUUAGAGGACAUCACCUGCUGCUUGUGGCUGAGCUAUGGGCAGUGCAGGGUGUCUGACUGCAGAGGAAAACCCACGCUCCACUCCCUGCUCAGCAGCAGAUUUCCUGGGUGACCGAGUGAAAGUGGCUCAGUUUUGAGAGGCUCCCCYGAAAGAAAAUGGGGCUCAUGGCCUUGCCCCUCCUCACAGGGGGGUUGCGAGGAUGUAGGUGUUACGUCCUGACAGUCACAAAGGCCGUUGGUGGGGGCCAUCUUUGGUAAUGACAUAGAGCUUAUCUGAUAAUGUCAGCACAAAUAKAACUAUUUUAAAAGUUAGUGCUUCCAGUGGUUUUGGUUUGUUCCUGUAGUUUAUUCCAGCUCUGUGUAACUCCUCGAGCGAGUCCUCUGGUCCCAGGCAGUUCCUGGUUCCUGGAACCCAGUGGAAGAUUCCCCCACGAGUCCCUUUCUCCUCAUGGCUGGAGUUUGGAUAUAGCCAAGGAGUGGUACAGGGCAGGUCUGUUGGUUGAAUGCUCUGACAGGAAGAAGCUCUUUGCUUCAUGAGAUUGUAUUUCCCUGAGCACAGCAAGGAGCAUCUCCCUCGCUCAUAAACYCUCCCUCUCCAGCAGCUCUGCCUCUCUGUGUCCUCUCCAGUGACCUUCAUCCUCGACCCCACUGGUGGCUGCCCCGUGACUCCGGAGCUGUGCUUYCCCACAUAAUAAGGCAUCAUUAGCUCCUGCUUCAAAGACUCUGCCUGCUGGCUUUAAAGGAGUGCUCUGCCCACCUCUGAGAGGAGCCGCCAGCAGCUGAGUUCAGCACACCACCACGCACAUCCUGCUUUCUUCCCCCAGAAUGAUUAAUAGAUGGAAUAGUUGAAUAUGAUUCUUUAUUAUAUGUAUCAGCAUAAGGCCCCCAAGAUUCGGGUUUGGGUCAGGGCAUUGAUGUACAUUCAAGCACAAAAUGAACUUAAACUCUGAGCUCAAUAAACUUGCUGUUGCUGGUAAAA